AUGCCAAUUACUUCAGUACCAGAUCCUGAACUUGCACAUUCAGACCUUAAUGUAGUCGAGUUGCGAGAGACAUGCAGAGAUAUUCUAAAAAUAUUUACUUUUUUUCAGGAUGACAAACAAGAUAUCAACAAACAUGUAGGCAGACUAGCAAGAAGUUACAAAGGUUUACUGAUGAGACAACCUUACCAGUCGUUUAAUUCUUUCUGUAUGAAAAAUAUUCAAGAGGUUAAGGAAAAUAUUUUUAGCGAAAUUGAAAACUUGUCGUACGCCGGAUACACAUUUGACGCACCACUAGUUUGA